AUUUUCUCUCUAUUUCUUCCCUCUCUGUUUCCGCCAUGUCAGCCGCCGUAGCAGCCGCCGCCGCCGCCGCUGCCCUAGCCCGACGGAGCUCCUCCUCUUCCUCCUCGUCCACUACCUCCAACCGAUCCUCCUCCGGCUCUUUCUACAGUCAAUACUACCCGUCGCCCUCUGUAUCGGUCCGACAGCCGCCAUUGGCCAGCCGGUAUGAGUGCCGGAAACGGCUAGACUGGAGUAAAUUCCGGCAGUAUCUGAGAAGUCGGUGCCCGACAUUGAGCCUCUCCACCUGCACCGGAGCGGAUAUUGUCGAGUUCCUCUGCUAUUUAGACGAAUUCGGCGACACCAAAGUACACGCCGACACCUGCCCUAAUUUCGGCCACCGCUACCCGGUCGAUCCCUACUGCGAUUGCCCCACCCAACAACCGUGGAACAGCGUCGCCGGUCUCAUCAGCCGCCUCCGCGUCGCCUUCGAGGAAAACGGCGGCAACCCAGUCACCAACCCCUUUAAUGCCGUCGACGUCAAAAUUUACCUCGACGACAUUAAGGACUCCCAAAACAGAUCCCGAGGAAUUGAUCGGUAAGAAUAAAAAAAAACACAGUAAAAAUAGCGUUAACUGAGACACACACCGCCGCCGAGCUCGGCGGCUAUGGCGGAUUCCGAUCCCAAAUCUUACCGGACUGGUUUGAUUUUCCGCCAUAGCUAAGAAUUUCAAGGAAAAUUUGACUGAAAACGCUUACUCCUCUGGAUUCGCUGUACAAAUUAAAGAACCCAACAACUUAAUUUAUUUUUUCUUCCUUUUAUGUAAGAAUCUAAAACAAAAUAUUAGAUUGGGUUCUUCA